CAACCGUAAACCCUAGCCGUUAACCGCUUCGUGCCUCUCUCUCUCUACAUUCUUCUUCAUCUUCUACUACUACUUGUUCUUCUCUCUUUCAUCCGCAAACAAAGAAAAGGGCGCCACGAAUAUCUUUCCAAGGAAAACUUCAAAAAAGAAAACCCUAGAACUACCAUAAAAAAAAAACUAAAAUCAAUUCUCUCUACACAGCAAAGUAAACAGAGAUGGAUCGGUAUCAGAGAGUAGAGAAACCAAGGCCUGAAACACCGAUUAAUGAGAAUGAGAUUAGAAUAACUACACAAGGAAGGAUGAGAAACUACAUUACUUAUGCUACUACUCUUCUUCAGGAAAAAGACUCUACUGAGAUUGUUCUCAAAGCCAUGGGAAGGGCGAUUAACAAGACUGUAAUGAUUGCUGAAUUAAUUAAGAGAAGGAUUGCUGAUCUUCAUCAGAAUACAGCAAUUGGAUCAACCGAUAUAACUGACACAUGGGAGCCACUUGAAGAAGGCCUUGUCCCAUUGGAGACUACCCGCCAUGUUUCAAUGAUCACUAUUGUACUAUCCAAAAAGGAGCUGGAUACAUCCUCCACUGGGUACCAACCACCUAUUCCAGCUGAUCAAGUGAAACCAUGGACUGAAUUUGAUUAUGAAGGAGAGGGCUCUCCUGGUGGUAGAGGUAGAGGACGUGGUGGCCGAGGAAGGGGUGGAAGAGGUCGAGGGAACUUUAAUGGAGGUGGUGAAUUCAAUGGAGAUGGAGGAAAUUAUGAAGGUGGACGUGGCUUUGGUGGCAGAGGAAGAGGCCGCGGAAGAGGCCGUGGUUUCCGCGGGCGUGGAAGAGGAGGUUAUGGUGGCGGAGAUAUGCAACCUGAAUUUGGUGGUUAUAACAAUGAGUACAAUGAUGGGCCUCCUGCCCUAACACGUGGGCGUGGCCGUGGUAGAGGAAGGGGGGGUCGUGGGCGUGGGCGGGACUAUAAUAGGGCAGAUGGACAACAGCAGGUUCAGCCUGUAGUUGCUUGAGCCCUAGGUUGGUUUCUCCAGGGUUCAUAGGUUGGUGAGAUAGAUAUAUCUUGAGUUUUCUGCUGUAAUCAACUUUGUUUUCGGUAGUUAAAUCUAAAGAUUGUUUCCAAUUUCAAUUGAUUUUGUGAAAACUGAGAAAAUAUAUAUGGUGUUUUAUAUACCCUGACAAAAUUGUAAAAUUAUGCCUGUGUUUUUUCGUUAGGAAUAAUAGAGCAGUGCAUUCUUUGAAUUUCGUAUUAUUUUGGUGA